AAAGACACGAAUGUCAACUAAAUUUUGAAGCUGACGUAUUUCGGAAAUGAUAUUUUUUAUAUCUUUAUUAUUUACUCGUGUAUUUUAUUAUGCCUAAUUCUAGUCUUUACUUCCAAUGUCUGUUAGGCAUGCAAUGCAAGGACUUCGCGAUAAUAGCUGCCGACCAGACGAAUACACAGAGCAUUAUCGUCAUGAAACAGGACGAGAACAAAAUGUACCGUAUCUCGGACAACCUGGUGAUGGGCAUCAUCGGGGAGCCGGGAGACACGAUCCAGUUCGCGCAGUUCAUCACCAAGAACGUGCAGCUCUACAGGAUGAGGAACAACUAUCAGUUGGACACGGCCGCCGCUGUGCACUUCACCAGGAAGACGCUCAUGGAGGCUUUUAAGGGCGGUACCCCAUCGAUGGUGAACAUGUUGGUGGGCGGUUACGACGCGGCCGAGGGCGGGCAGCUAUACACCGUGGACUUUCUAGCGUCCAGCGUGAAGGUGCCCUUCGGGGUGCACGGCAUCGGGGGCUUGCUGUGCCUCGGGAUCAUGGACAGGUUCCACAAACAAGAACUAACAGAACAAGAGGCCUAUGACGUGAUCAAGCUCUGCGUGAGCGAGGUCCACCAGAGACUGUUCGUCAGUCUCCCGAACUUCCAAGUGAAGGUCAUCAACAAGCACGGCAUCAAGGACAUGCCGGUCAUCUGCCCAGCCACGUUCAUACUAGAAAACAAUACUGCACUCGGGGAUUAGGCAUGGAGAGUUCCAACUUUUUGAAAAGGGAUGGCUAAAGUGGUAUUUUUAAGGCACUGAGCAGUAGAAGUAGGUUAAUACAGGUUCAGAUUCUGGAGACACACGAGCAAGUUUCGAGAACUGUUAUGCUAUUAGAUAAAAAAAUUGCUUGUCCACACAAGCAAAUUUUUUGAUCAGUUGAUCUAGAUCAAUAAACCAAAUACAAUUGGUAUUUGUUUUGGUAUGUACAUACCACUAACUGAAAAAUACUCUCUUGUAAAUGAGUGGUAUGCCGGCUACUUUGAGAUUUCGUUGUUAAUUGAUGUUCACCCAUUAAUCCUUUUUAUGGUUUUCUGCUUCUCGUCUACUUAAUACCGGUUUACUUGCGUAUUUAUCGGGAUAGCCCGACGAGUUUCUGACCUAACGGGAGUCCUUAAUCAUCAAAUGAUGCGGCUGCCGGGAGUCGAGCUGUUUUCUAUUGGUUAUGAAUGGGAUGAAUUUUAAGCUGAUCUGCUAAAAAAACGAAUUCUCAAUGUACUAAUUAUGCGAAAAUACCGCUUUAGCCUCCCGGUUCGUGAACUUGAGUAUUUGACGUCAGAUUGUGACGUAACAGUGGAUUAUACAAUUGUUAUAUUAUACGUAAAUGAAUACACGUUUUUGCAAUUAACUUUUUGUUUGUUUUUAGUUUUGACGUUUGCUGUAAAUUGAAUGUUUAUUUUCAGUUACAAUCUGACAUCUCAUUUGAUGCAAGUUAAUUACUAAACUCAAUCGCGUUGCUUGAUAGUGAAGCUUAAUUAAAGCUGUUCUAUUACUAUUCUUAAUGAAGAGGUUAUUAACUAUUUAAAAAAAAUAAACCAUUCUUAGUUUUCUAUCCUCUUUUGCGGCAAUCAUAUUAAGCGUACAAAACAAAUUUUCCCUUUGCUGAUUUUCCUUUUCUUUCUAAACAUUUUUUUAUUAUGUUUCUGAAAUAGGAGAAUAUCCAGGUAUUUUUCAGAUUUUUUUUAUUGUCUCUAUCAUAAAUCCAUUUUCGGAAAAAAACAAUCGUGAAGUAAUAAUAAAUAAUACUUCUGUCCACAAGCUUAUCCGCUACCUCUCCUAACUACCAUCAGAUAACCUCAAACCCGUCGGGUAUGUUACUAAACUUCCUUAAUUACCUCCGCUUAUUGUAUUUUCAUCAUUUUAAUUGUUCAACGGAACUCUUUUGUUACUUUACACCAUAAUACCCAUAAUCUUUCAUGGUGUAACGUCAGCAAACGUGGCCUCAAUCUUAGGCCAUUGUGUGCUCAGCAGAUAUACAUAGAGUUAGAGUAAAUAUGUCACACGGUGUGAAGGCUGAUAAGCGACGCACGACGUACUCAUUAUUACUAGGCAGAUGUUUGUAAUGUUAUGCAGAAUGCAGAUGGAUUGUGUAUGAUGUAUGCGGCUGUGAUAAGCUCAAGGUGACUAGCAAGGUAAAGCGGAAAAAAGGCUUUCCUUGGUAAGUGAAAUGUAGAGCUAUUUUUGAUUCGGUUUUCCCAUUAUUUUUUCUUUAAUAAGUAUGCUGGUAUGACCUCAGGACUGGUUCGGUUUUUAACGUUUCAUGCUAGUUUGAAAAUCCAAAGUAGCACGUCUUAUUUUCAAGAUGAACAUUUAGAUAAUGACGAAUGAUUAAGAGAAAAGUAUUAAGAACACUACUACAACAUUGAACAGGCUUCCAUACUAUUUUAAAUUACAAACUCCUUGGUUAUAGUGGAAGAGUUUUGAAUACCGUCCAAAGCCUACAUACAUCUACCCAAAAUCAAAUUUUCCAAAAUGACUUGAAGGUUUGUUUAGGACAAUGUUUUGCAAACUUCAUUUAACUUCACUGGCCCGCACAUUGCUCACGAAGUAAUGUUAUUUACUUGUUAUAUAUGACACCUUGACACAGAAAUAUUAGAAUAGAACAGUAUGGAAAUAACUUGGCUCUGGACUGUCGGCGCGUAGUUAAAACUUUGAUAAUCCAUUUCAGGCAUGUGGCAUAGAAACAUCGGUGAAAGUAUCUCGAGGAAACCUAAUAGAACAAUACUUUCCUCUUUAAUGGAAAGAAGAAUGUUGUUUAAUUUAAUAGUAAUUUGAACUGUUUGUCCGAAUUUUGUCGCAGAUUUGAUCCCCGCUUAGGACAAGCGUUUGUGUCAUCCGCUAAUGCUUGUUUUGAGUCUGGGGGUCUUUGCGCAACUAUGUUUGUGCCAAUGUGAAUUGCAUGUUUCUAAAAUCCCUCGCAAAAGGAUUAAAUUCCUAAAUGCGUCUGUACUUUAUGAAUUUAUACUAACCUCAUUACUUUAUGUACUAAUAUUAGAGGUUUCAUUAAGGCAUUCACUUUAACUGUUUAACGUGAUCGUCUUUUACUUUAUAAGUUGCAAGAAAUACUUCAAAGUAAUAUUUAGUGGCUAAGUCAUUACGUAAGAAUUCAAGACCACAUAAGUACUUAGAGAUUGCAGUCUCCAUUACCUUCGAUUACAAAUAAUAGGUAAUUUCCGUUUUCCUGCUCAGAUGCGAGAAAUUGUAGACAUGAUGCCAAUCAGUAUUGAAAUCACUUUCUUUCAAUA